AUGGCCACAAUUACCUGCACCCGAUUCACUGAAGAAUAUCAGCUCUUUGAGGAACUGGGCAAGGGUGCCUUUUCCAUCGUUAGAAGGUGUGUGAAAGUGUUAGCCGGUCAAGAGUAUGCAGCCAAGAUUAUCAACACGAAGAAGCUCUCAGCCCGAGAUCAUCAGAAGCUGGAGCGAGAGGCCCGCAUAUGCCGCCUGCUAAAGCAUCCAAAUAUUGUCCGACUCCAUGACAGCAUAUCAGAGGAGGGGCAUCACUACCUGAUAUUUGACCUGGUCACGGGUGGGGAACUGUUUGAGGACAUUGUGGCCCGAGAGUACUACAGUGAGGCUGAUGCCAGUCACUGCAUCCAGCAAAUCCUAGAGGCCGUGCUUCACUGUCACCAGAUGGGCGUGGUGCACCGAGACCUGAAGCCAGAGAACCUGCUCCUUGCGUCAAAGCUGAAGGGGGCCGCGGUGAAGCUGGCUGACUUUGGCUUGGCCAUCGAGGUGGAAGGGGAGCAGCAAGCAUGGUUUGGCUUUGCAGGGACACCAGGGUACCUCUCUCCAGAAGUUCUCCGAAAGGACCCAUACGGGAAGCCUGUGGAUCUUUGGGCAUGUGGUGUCAUCCUGUACAUCUUAUUGGUGGGAUACCCUCCUUUCUGGGAUGAGGACCAGCACCGACUAUACCAGCAGAUCAAAGCUGGAGCCUAUGAUUUUCCAUCUCCGGAAUGGGACACGGUUACCCCAGAAGCAAAGGACCUGAUUAAUAAAAUGCUCACCAUAAACCCCUCCAAGCGCAUCACAGCUGCUGAAGCCCUCAAGCACCCCUGGAUCUCUCACCGAUCUACAGUGGCCUCCUGCAUGCACAGACAGGAGACCGUGGACUGCUUGAAGAAAUUCAAUGCAAGGAGGAAACUGAAGGGAGCUAUCCUUACCACCAUGCUGGCCACCAGGAACUUCUCUGGAGGGAAGAGCGGGGGCAACAAGAAGAAUGAUGGUGUGAAGAAAAGAAAGUCCAGUUCCAGUGUUCAGUUAAUGGAAUCCUCUGAGAGUACCAAUACCACCAUUGAAGAUGAAGACACCAAAGUGAGAAAGCAAGAAAUCAUUAAGGUGACAGAGCAGCUGAUUGAAGCAAUAAGCAAUGGGGAUUUUGAGUCCUACACAAAGAUGUGUGACCCUGGGAUGACAGCCUUUGAACCUGAGGCUCUGGGAAACCUGGUCGAAGGCCUGGACUUCCAUCGAUUCUACUUUGAAAACCUGUGGUCCAGGAACAGCAAGCCUGUCCAUACCACCAUCCUGAACCCCCACAUCCACCUGAUGGGUGAUGAGUCAGCCUGCAUUGCCUAUAUUCGCAUCACACAAUAUGUGGACGCCAGUGGUAUCCCUCGCACUGCCCAGUCUGAGGAGACCCGCAUCUGGCACCGCCGGGAUGGCAAAUGGCAGAUCGUCCACUUCCACAGAUCCGGAGCACCUUCAGUCCUACCACAGGAAACUGAAGCCCCAAGAGGUCAAGUGACUUGCCUGCAAUCACACAGCUGAAGCUCCGAUUGGGUUGUGCACUCCUUGGCUGCACCACGGAGAUCCACCCUUCUUCAUCUGUGGCAUGUGGC